AUGGCCGGACCGGCGAGAGUUUACCUGGGCGCCGCCGUGCUGCUGGUGGUGUGCCUGGUGGCGCAGAUGAGCGCCGCCGUGAUGGCCCACAACGGCGUUGACCACGGCGCCCACAGUCCCGCCAAGCCGCCUACUCCCGGGUCCGACAAGAGCUUGGCCGCGCCAGGCCUCCCCAUGGCGGCGGCCUUCGUCGCCACGUCGGCGCUAGUGGCCCUCGUCUUCCCCCACUAG